AUGGGGUCAUUACUCUCCACCACGAGUAAUUCCCUUCCUCUGCUACAGGAUCUCCUUCUUCCCACCCCGCAGGUUUACGUGACGCUCCUUAACAUCUGGCAAUGGUUUCCCCUUUUCACCGCCAUUCAAUGGCUCACCUCGUGGCACCCCGCAGGAAAAGGCUCCGUCCAGAGCUACUUCAAUAUCCCCGGCCGCAUCGGCUGGUUCAUCAUGGAAAUCACUGGCCCCAUUAACCUGGUCUACAUCCUAUACAAUCUCCCGGCUAAGAUGAACAUCCAGACCCUCCCACUGCCAAACAAGCUCGUGGCGUCACUCUACCUCAUCCACUACGCCAACCGGGCUAUCAUCUCGCCGUUUUUCGCGGCGCCGAGUAUGUCACCCAUGCACGUUUUCAUUGUCGUCAGCGCCGUGUUCUUCAAUUGGUUCAACUCCUCUUGUCUGGCUUGUUGGCUAGUCGGGUAUAAUGUCUCGACUAUCCCGGGGGUGUAUCCUAAUCCAUCCUCGCCGUCACUGAUCACGACGCCGGAGAAGAUCUUUGAGGAGAAUCUUGCCGGGAAGGUUGGGACUUCGCUGUUACUCCCGUCCUUAGGGCUCUUGCUGUUUAUUGUCGGAAUGGCUGGGAAUAUUUACGCGGAGCGAACACUCUUCUCGCUCCGACGUAACGAAGCAGACAAGAAACAUUCCCAGUCCCAGUCACAGUCGAAAGAACAGACCUCAGAAAACGGCAACAAAUACUCCAAAGUCUACGUCAUCCCUCCCAAGUCCGGCCUCUUCACUUCAAUCCUCUACCCGCACUACGCCCUGGAGUGGCUCGAAUGGACAGGCUUCGCCCUCGCAGGCCUAGCCGUCUUCCCAGCCCUAAGCCCGCCCUCGCUCCUCCCCGGCGUCCUAAGCCCAAGCACCUCACCGCUAGCACUUGGUCUGGGCGCCCCGGGAGGUUCAUCACCGCCACUGCGUCUUGCACCCUGGCUUGUCCCCGCCGUGUGGGCUGCGGGUAAAUUGAGGGUUCCUGUGCUGCCGCUGCCGGCGAUUGUGUUUGUGGUUAAUGCCGUGGCGAAUAUGUUGCCGCAUGCGAGAUGGGGGAGGAAGUGGUACGUUGGGAAGUUUGGGGUGGAGAAGGUGGGAGAGCGGGGCGCUGUUGUACCGUUUUGUUCUUGGAUGUAA